AUGAAAGGAGAUUUAAAUAAAAAACAAAUGAAAGGAGCAAGCAGGAGGGGAAGGAAUUUUGUGGUUGAAAACAGAGAACUUAUCCAGGAAAUACAGAGUAUUCUCGGGGAGGAAAUAAAAGAAAUUAGAAAACUUCAAGAGCAAACUAACAAUGAGGUCAAAGAAAUAAAAAAAAUUAUGGUGGUUAACAAACUCAGCCAGUUGGUAGAUAACUAUGACAAAAUUGCCAAAAUAAAACAAAAAAAACUAGAAAAAGAUAUUAAAGUCAAACCCAAAAAGGAAAUAGAAGCCAAGCGCGGCGGAGUCUACUUAAUUCGUUUUGACCCGUUGAAAAAAGGCAAAUUUAAAAGGGUUGUCAAGGAUACCGAAAUUAAAGACCUGCACUCUGCUGUGACAAGAGGCCUUGCUAGCUCAAUGGUAGAGCAAUUGACUCUUAAUCAAGAGGUUGGAGAAAAAGAGAAAUUUAUCAAAAGAUAUCCAAAAGAAGAACCAAAGGAUAUGAAAAAAGAAAUUGAAGCGGCUAUUAGAGCCUUGGAAAAUGGCGAAAAUGUGCCUGAUAACACCGUGCCGCCCGAGCCAGUUCCUAGACAAAAUAAUCCUGACCAAAAGGCUUCUCCGAACCAAAUUCCCCGAAAAAUAAUUAUUCUGGCUGGGCUUUUCUUUUUAAUCGUUAUCAUAAUCAGG